AUGCUUCGUUCCAUUGAAGAGGCUGAUAAGCCAGCCAAGAGGGGUAAGAAGCCUGAAACGCAGAAGGAGGGACCGAAGAAGCCCGCUAGGAGACUUAUUCUUCAAUCCUCCAGUGAUUCGGAUUCAGAAUAUGUUCCUCCUACGCAGAAGAACGCAGUUCCUUCAGAAUCUGAGAGCGAAAGCUCUGAUGAAGGGGCUUCGGGCCGAGGGGAUACUCCACCUCGCUCCCCUACUCCAGAAAUUCCGGUUGGUUCUUUUCCUCCUUCACCUCCAUCUGUUACCAUUCCAGCUUCUCAACCUCCUAUCUCUCCAAUAACCACCUCUCAACCCUUCACUACAAUUCCUAUUCCCACUCCCAUUUUCACAGACACAACUUCUACCACCACUACACGACAUACCUUCACUGUUCCCAAACCACCUGUAACCGAACCUACUGUUACAACCGAACCCCCAGUAACAACCGAACCUCCUGUAACAACCGAACCCCCACCUUCUUCAAAACCCUUGUCUCCAACACCUUCUAAAGAAAUAACCCCUAUUUUGGGCGGUGAGGAUGAUGACGAUGAGUGA